AUGUCCAACCCGUAUCUGUAUUGCAAAGACAAGAGUCUCAGUCUAGGCGACUUUUUCAGAUUGGCUGUCCAGCUACCCAUCGCUGCCCGAGAGCAGGAGGCACCGCCGCUUGAGGUGGCUCUCGGUAGGGUUUGGCCAUCCGAGUGCGUUAUCGUUGUACCAUAUUUGACCCGAGGCUCGAAUGUGGCCUCCAGGAGUGCUCGAGGCCGCUCGUACCGACCUGGAAGUCAUUGGGGGAGGUGGGAUAUAGUUAUAGAAGCUUCGGAGGCCGAGGCUGCGUCGUUCUGCGGCUUCAAGAGCUUCUUCUGGCAAGGCUGCCGCGGUGACGGUGGUGGUAGUGUUGGCUGGGGAGAGACGGAGGAGUUGGAGCUGAAAUUUUCAGCCAAAAAGCGGUUUGUGGGCCGCCGAAGGGGUCAAAGCGGAGGCAGGAGGUCGGUGCAGGCGGAGCAGGCGGAGCAGGCAGUCCAGCAGCUCCGGAAGAGAAUCCAAAGGGAAGGCAGCAGUUUGGGAGGACAGCCAGGAGGCAUUGACCUUCUUCAGCACUUCCACAGCAGUCUGUUUGCUUCUGUAAAGGUCAAUGCUGGUCGCUGCACCCUUUUGGUGACCACAAUGUUAUUCGGCUUUACCUUUCUGGUUGUCCAAGUUCUAGCCUCAUCCAACAGACAUAGCUCUAGCACCACCUUCCUACUCCUGCAUGAAAGGAACGGCAACGUACCCAACGAGACCGCUUCCAAUCUCUCCACCACACGAACCGGACGGCAAGCGGAAGACACUACGCCUCCUCUUUGCCUCCCCGCGGAGAAGUCUUCAACGAACGCGAAAGAGACCAUAGCGCUUCACAUCGUCGACGCCCUCGUACCAAGGCCGGCUACAGGGCCGAUAACAUUGCGGUGCCUGAAGGGACACCAACCUACGCGACGCCGCGGCUGUUGCAACAACAAGUCUUAUCGAGGACGGCGGGACAGCAUGUCAACGUAUAAACUACCUCCAAGAUGCUACUUUUGA